AAAAGCCUCAUUAAGCACAAGUGGCAUCUCUGUGUGCGUCAGUGAACGUCAUGGUGCUCUCCAUCUGGCUCUUGCUUUCGCUCAUGGUCGCCCCGGGCCUCACGGCACCCACACCCGUGCCGGAGGAAGCAGCCUCCGGUUUCCCUACCGCACACACUGACUUGAUAACGGCCACAGAAUACCUUAAGAGCUACUAUGAGCUGCGAGAGGAGCCUCUGGGAAGCUGGAAGGGGAUCGGCCUGUCCUUCGCGUCCAAGCUGAAAGACAUGCAGACAUUCUUCGGGCUCAACGCAACAGGAGUGCUCGAUCGGGACACGCUGCAGGUAAUGAGGAGGCCUCGUUGCGGUGUUCCAGAUUCCGAAAAGUACAGCAGUUACAUCCAAAGGCAACGAUGGAACAAGAAGGUCAUCACGUACAGCAUCGGCAGGUACACCGAAGACAUGCCUCGCACCACCGUCGAGUCCCUGCUCGAGUCCGCCCUCAGCGUUUGGGCCAGACCCGGCGGGCUGACAUUUGUCCGCUCGCAUACCCGUAACGCUGACAUCAAGGUGGACUUUGUCACCCAAGUGUUCAAGGAGAGGAGAGUUGUGGCAGGACAAUGCCCUGAGAGCCUGACAAUUCCACUGGGAUUACUGCGAAGGGGAACAUUUGUAGCACAUUUCAAAAACAUACACGGUAGUCAUUCAUGCUUAACUGAAUACUCAAGUUCCCCUUGGUGUGAAUUUGAGUGUGCGCCCUGCAUCUGGCUGUUGACUAGUCCAAGGUCCCAAGGUGUCUUCUUGCCCAAAGUCAGAAAAGAUGCUAUUUCGAAACAUCUAAUGAAACAUAUUUUCACAGUUCUGAGGACCGGGGUUCAAUCCCCGACCCCGCCUGUGUGGAGUUUUCAUGUUGUCCCCGUGCCUGCGUGGGUUUUCUCCGGGCACUCCGGUUUCCUCCCACAUCCCAAAAACAUGCAUGGUAGGUUGAUUGACAACUCUAAAUUGCCCGUAGGUGUGAAUGUGAGUGUGAAUGGUUGUUUGUUUGUAUGUGCCCUGCGAUUCGCUGGCAACCAGUUCAGGGUGUACCCCGCCUCCUGCCCGAUGAUAGCUGGGAUAGGCACGCCCGCGACCCUGGUGAGGAGAAGCGGCUCAGAAAAUGGAUGGAUGGAUGUUUGUGACACCAGUCCUGGAACCUUUCUGACACAUCUCUGCCUCAGUGGAGAACAUGGUGAUGCAUUUCCAUUCGAUGGACCCGGGGGCUCGUUGGCUCAUGCUUUCGGUCCAGGACAAGGCGUCGCAGGAGACACGCACUUUGAUGAUGAUGAACGCUGGACAGCAACAGGAACAGCUGGCUUUAAUCUUUUAGUGCUGGCUGCACAUGAAUUUGGCCAUGUGUUGGGUCUGAAGCACUCGAGGAACCCUGCAUCACUAAUGCACCCAAACUACAAGGCGUAUCACUCAGGGGCCAACCUCCUAUCCAGAAAGGACAUUUCCAAUAUCAAAGCACUUUACCGUCGACACCAAGAUCGCCCAAACUACUUUUCAUGGCAGUUCUCUAGACUCAUACGAAACAGAUGUGCUCCAGAUGUGACCUUUGAUGCUGUCUCCACACUUGGGGAUGCCACCAUCUUUUUCAAAGACAGAUAUCUUUGGAUUAAAUACAAUAAGGCGGAUGAUAUCAAAGCAGGUCCAACCACUAACUUCAUGCCCAAGAUAGAAACCAGCAUUGAUGCUGCCUUCUGGGUACCGCGCAGGUCUACCGCUUACCUCAUUCAUGAAUCAAUUUUCUGGAUGGUGAAAGGCUCCAUAGUGAAGGGAAAACCCAGAGCUCUGUGCCACUUUGGCUUUCCUGCCUGGGUACAGGACGUCGAUGCCGCUGUGCACAUCGUCAAAACCGGACGUACCCUCUUCUUCAUGCAUGACAUUUAUUGGAGCUACAAUGAAAACAGAAGAGUGAUGGACUCUGGUUACCCAAAGUACAUCAGCGAGGACUUUCCCGGACUCAACUCAACAAUAAAUGCCGCUGUUCACAAAGAAGCACCGACCAUUGCCCCGACCAUUUCACCAGAGGAAAACCACCUGGCUGAGGUAAAUAUCUUCCAGUUUUAUAAUGAUGUUGGGACCAGAAACUCCUCAAGGAGAAGCCUUGUUAGGAGCAACUUUAGCGAGGAUCUGGAAUCUAUGGAGGCUUUCUUCGGCUUGGAGGUACCAACCAUAUUGAACAAGGAGACUGUGGAGGUCAUGAAAGCGCCCAGGUGUGGAGUGUCGGACCUCAGUCGCUAUGGACACUUUGCUGGGAAACCCAAAUGGAACAAGAGGCUAAUAACGUACAGGAUCACUCAGUACACUGCAGAUCUGAGCCAGAGACGGGAUGACACCAUUGGUCAAGUCUUCCAGCUAUACAGCUAUGUCAUCCCACUGGACUUCAAACAGAUCUACAGCGGCACUGCAGACAUCAUGAUACUCUUUAAGGUCUUGCGGAGUUCAGGUGUGACUCUGUUGCUGGUGGCAGCGCACGAGUUCGGCCACGCUUUUGGAUUGGACCAUUCCAGAGACAGACGCGCACUGAUGUUCCCCACAUAUCAGUAUGUCAACACAAACGGCUACAAACUGCCAGAUGAUGACAGGCGAGGGGUUCAAGCGCUCUAUGGUAGCCGUACAAAAGAGCCAACAAAUGCCCCCAAACCCAAUCCACCACCUGAACCAGAGCCAGAGGAUCCAACAGAAGACCCAGAAGACCCGCUUCCAGACCCUCGUGAUGAGCAAUGCAGCAGAAAUUUGGUGUUUGAUGCUGCCACAUCCAUCAGGGGAGACUUCUUCAAAAACAGAUACUACUGGAGGAAGAGUUCCAUGUUCCAAGAACUCCGUUUCACUAAAGUGAGCGCAAAAUGGUCACAAAUCAACACUGUUGAUGCUGCAUAUGAGGUCCCAAACAAAGAUGCUUUUUAUCUCUUUGAAGGUAAUCAGUUCUGGGGCAUAAAGGCCUAUGCAAAUACACUACUACCAGGCUAUCCAAUAGAUGCAGCCAUCUAUCUGGCAACGACUGGAAAAACAUUGCUAUUUGUGAACAAACAGUAUUGGAGUUAUUCAACCAUUGAAAAUUGAUAUAUCUUUGGAUACCCAUGAUCCAUUCCUAGUGACUUUACUGGUGUCAGGUCCAAAGUUGAUGCAGUUUUUGAGAAUUACGGAUACCUUUAUUUCUCAGCUGGCCCAGUCCAGAUGGAAUACUACCCGCCAUAUCAGAGAGUGAUACGAGUGUUGCUAAACUAUGGUACAAAAGUGAGCCCAACUUUUACUUUAGCUGUUAACGAGAUGGAGUCACUCAACACAUUUGAAUCAGAGAUGGAGGCGGACGGACAGGGGAGCUAUUCUUUAUUUCCAUCUCUGGAUAACAUUGCUGGUCUGUCCGGGACGGCUGAUACACUGGAGAGUGAACCGCCUAGUGAAAUCGCAGAGAAACCAAAUCUCACCUGGCUUGAUGCUGCUCAGAUUGUUUUGGAGGAAUCAGGACAUCCCAUGCACAUAAAGGAGAUCAAGCAGAGAAUCAUCGACCGGGGACUUGUUCAGUCCAAUGCAAAGUCGAGUCUGGAAGCUGUCAUGUAUCGCGAGACACAAAAAGGCAGCAGGAGAUUCAAGAGGAUUGAGAACAGAAAUGGAGUCUUUGCAUUGCUGACAGAUGACGAGCGGCAGCAGGCUCUGAAGGCCUUCACGGCUCAGGCCUUCCUCAGCGCACCGCAGCAGAACACUGCUUCCACUUUGGCACCCGGCGGCGCCACCGCUGUCGCCCCAUUUCCAUCCCCUGCUAGCUCCUCGGAGAACAAAACGAAGAUGAGGAGAGGUGCGCGGAAAAAAAUGAACGAAAAGUACCGACUGAAGUACCUUCGACUGCGCAAAGCAGCACGUGCCAUGAUAUUUGAAAAUGCAGCUUUGCAUGACGAAGUGGCUCAUUUAGAAGAGAAGUUUUUGAGAGUAAAGGAAGAGCGCCAAUUGUUGCUGUUGCACUAUCAGUCCCUAUCAGAGGGUGACUUUUUGCCCACGCCCAGCUCAAUCACUAAUCCCGCUGUGUCGCCACCCACAACGAGCUCCGGCCCCGGAGGACCACCCGGCCUGUGUGGGACGCACAACCUCACAUCUGCGAUGUCAGCAGUGGACGAGGGGCAGCUUAAAAAACCAAAGAAGGAACACAAAGAGCGAGGCAGAGAGAACGGAAAGGAUGAGCUUCAGAAGAAAAUGUCAAAGAAGAGAAAACUGGCUGAUGGUUCCCGGAAGCUGGUGCAACCCAUCCCGCUUGACUCCUGUGGUCGCCCCGUCUUCCCCAUCGUGCUGGGAGGCUUAACGGUGUACAGCUUGGGCGAGAUCAUCACGGACAGGUUGUUUUUCCAUGACGAAUGUGCCAUCUACCCAGUGGGCUUCUGCAGUACUCGGGUCUUUGCCAGCAUGAAAAACCCUGAGCUGCCGUGCCUCUAUACCUGCCAAAUCAAAGAUGGAGGAAGGGGACCGCAGUUUGAGAUUGUCCCUGAAGACGAUCCCCAGAAUGCCAUCGUUGCCUCCUCAGCCCUGACGUGCCACUCCAACCUGCUCAAGGCCAUCGCCUCAGUCAGUUCCAAGGCUGUUGCCCCAAUUGUGCCAUCUGGAGCAGACUUCUUCGGCUUCUCUCAUCCCACCAUUCAGAAUCUCAUCCAGAGUUGUCCCGGAGCGCGGAAGUGUAACAACUACCGAUGGAUACGUUUCGAUGUUUGUCGCCCGGUCGAUGGCCAGAAUCCUCACAGCCUGUCGGAGGACGAUGCCUCCGUCAACUUUGAGGCCUAUCAGCGACACCGGCGCUUUAGCGACAAGCCGGAGCAAAUCUCAGCACAGAAAAUGCAGUGUUCUAGUGCCUCACACCGACCGCCACAUCUGUGAAGCCGUCGACCUCCUAUUUCAGCUCCUGAUGUUACAGUGCCCAUAAUGCCUCUAAGGUUAUAAGAGUUCACAAGACGACAACAAAUAAAAGUACAUGUUGAAUUUCUGUGAAACAAUGGCAGAAAAUGUCAUGAAAACAAGCUGUCUUUUACACUGUAAUUGGGCCCCAAAACACCUACAGUUGUUUACUGUAUUUUUGCAAAUAGAAGCCUGUAGCUCAACAUUUACUCAGUAUGCUCAACUCGAUGUUUUUUUUUUUCAAUAUAAUUUUAAAACAUAAAUUUUUACAUGCUGCUAGCAUGAUCUUCAGCAGAUUCCUAUUAUCUUACCUAUCAACAUGGCUGUGUUACUUUAAGAUAUUUUUGCUUGAUUUUUUUUGUUAAAGAACCUGGUUAUGUUCUUCAAACAAUUGUCUCCCCAAACCCAGGAUGAUAUGGAGCUUUGUGUCGUUAUCGUGCAUAACCAUGCAGCCUCUGUGAUAUUUAGUUGUCUUUCGUAUCCCUGCUUGUGUCAUGGUCUGUGUUUUGGUUUGGGUUGUGUUUAGUUUUGUUCCAUGUUUUCCUGUGUUCCAUGUUUGUCGUGUGCUCAUUAGGUUGUUGUGUCCACCUGUUCUCGUCUACUUUGUGUCGACCAAUCAGCUCUCUCCAGCCACUCGUGUCUUGUCAAUUUGUUUGUAUUUAGUUCACUGGUUUCUUUCAGUUCUCGUCGGUUCAUUGUCGUUGUCACAUGUCUUUGCCAUGUCAUAGUCGCCAGUUGUCUUUAUCAUUGUGGUAUGUCAUUGUCAGGUGUCAUUUUCCCUAUCUAUUCCACGUCUUACUCACAGGUCAUAGUUUGUUUCCAGUUUUAGAUAUUCAAGUGUUACUUUGGUUUGGUUGUUAUCUGUUGUGGGACUUCGUUCAGUUUUGCUUUAUCCAAUAUCCUUGUUUUCCCUUUUUGAAGAAUAAAUAUUUUUGAGAUUCCCGCA